UUUGUAGGAUAUUUGUGAUAGAUUUUAAUGAAAAUUUUAAAUCUUCAGCUUCAACUUCUUUAGUUGCUCAAAAGGUAUACAUGUCAUUCCAAAUGCUUUCCCAGAAAGCUGACAUUGCAAAGGCGGAGAUAGCAUCUGAUUUUUCAGCUAAACUUUCUUAAGAGGAUAAUAUUUAAAUUAAACCUGUUAAUAUGCUAUUUGAAAUAGAAUGUCAUAGAAUAUUGCUAAGUUUUACAUUUUAGUGCUUGAGAUGGUUUUUCCUUUAUGAAUUCUGUACAAAAGGUGUACCAGCAACAACGAGACUUCUGAAUUGUAUUAUUUUUCAUUGAUUUCUUAGUGAACUUUUUAAAAAUUUUCGAGAUAAGCCAAUAUUCAAAAUACUCUUGGAUUCAUGUGUCCCUAAUGAAUCACUCAAUUAUUGUUAAUAAAUGCAUGUUUCUACUUUCUAGUGGCUUAAAUAAAUUAUCUCAUGUAAGUUGAUUCCUUUCCUCUCAGCUUUAGUAAUUGAUUUCUGAGUAUUGGUUUCUAUGUCCAUAUUUGCAGAGUUUUUGAACAUUUUCCAAGAAGGUGAUGUUGCAAUGUACAUUGCAUAUUGUAUGCUGAAUAGUUUACAUGCUUUCAAAUUGAUAUUUAUUAUGAUCCCCCAUUAUUUACAGGUUAUUUUGGCAACAAAAGUAAGUGGCUAUUCAGAGCGAUCAACUUAUCUGCGUGACAAUGCAAAAGUUUUACGGGUUGAUGCUGCUAAUAUUAGAGAAAGUGUAGAGAAAAGCCUUAAGCGCCUCAACACCGAUUACAUUGAUUUAUUGCAAAUUCAUUGGCCAGAUCGCUAUGUGCCACUGUUCGGUGAGUAUUUUUAUAAUUAUUCAAACUGGAGACCAAGCAUACCAUUUGUGGAGCAACUUAAGGCUUUUCAAGAACUUAUUGAUGAAGGGAAGGUACGCUAUAUCGGAGUAUCCAAUGAGACUGCGUAUGGAGUGAUGGAGUUUGUUCAUGCAGCUAAAGUCGAAGGACUACCAAAGAUCGUUAGUAUCCAAAACAGCUACAGUUUGCUGGUUAGGCGUUCUGAGGUUGACCUGAUUGAAGUUUGCCAUCCAAACAAUUGCAAUAUCGGCUUACUUUCAUAUUCUCCUCUGGGCGGUGGAACACUUAGUGGAAAAUAUUUAGAUAUCAAUUCUGAAGCUGCAAAGAAAGGAAGGCUGAACCUUUUCCCUGGCUACAUGGAAAGAUAUAACAAGUCAAUUUCCAAGGAAGCAACAAUACAAUAUAUCGAGACGGCUAAAAAGCAUGGAUUAACUCCAGUUCAACUUGCACUUGGAUUUGUGCGAGAUCGUCCAUUUAUGACCAGUUCAAUCAUUGGGGCAACCUCGGUCGACCAACUGAAGGAAGACAUUGAUGCUUUUCUGACACCUGAGCGGCCUUUGCUACCAGAAGUAAUGGAAGAUAUUGAAGCAGUCUUCACAAGAUACAAAGAUCCUGCCAUCCUUUGAGAGUACUAAGUUGAAAACAUGCUAUUCAUUCAUAUUGUUACUUCAUCCAACUCGUUUGCCGUAGAUAUGCACAUUCUUUACAACUGCUAUGUAUUUAUUCAUUUGUUUUUCUAGGGAAAGAAGCUACAUGCAUAUUCGACCGGACGAACAGGGUUAUUAUAGUAUUUUAUAUAAAAAAAAUUGAAAAAGAAAUAUUAAAACCAGAGUUUAGGUUUGGCCA